CAAAACGUCAUGUGAAUGAACCACGUCAGUGAAAUCAGGAGAAAACAGACAAAAAUCAACGUCAAAUUUACAACUGUAACGUAUUCAGUCAGCAGAUCCAUAAAUAAUCCUUCAAUAAUCGUUAAAAGUAUGGCUCAUCGUAACCGUAACAAUCACCGAAGUACCACCCAACAGUCCAAUCCAUGGAAUCGCAAUCAGAUCGAAGAAACUGUUAGCAACAAUCAGCCGCAACGACCCAAAGCGGCACACGGUCAGAAAUCGAGCAAACAACCCGCAUCCACUGGGAAUGAUAACACCUUCCUGAAGCAGUCGGAAGAAAAGUUUAACCGUGCUCAACGGAAGCAUCUAGAGUCGGCUAAAAAGUACACCCAGCAGUACGAAUCCAGCGAGGAUGAGGACGAGGAAGAAUCUGCAUCGCAGGAUAUAUUGGGUGGUGUGCUGAAAAAUUACACUGGAUCCGGGGGAGAUAUUGGCAAGACGCAAGAAUAUUUGCAAAAUUUAUUGGAGUCCCGCUCGGCGGUUUGUUUAAUUUGUAUCGGCGCAGUAAAGCGAGCGGAUUCGAUUUGGUCCUGUAAGAGCUGUUAUACCUUUUUCCAUCUGUUGUGUAUUCAACGCUGGGCCAAUGACAGUAUUUCGCUGAAACGUAUCAGCCAUGAACAGCAGGAAGGCUACUACAAUAACCGGGGUGAGUACGUUCCGAAGCCGACUCUUUCCAUUCACUGGGACUGUCCAAAGUGUCGUAAGGAGUACGAACCGGUGGAUAUACCACGGCACUAUGAAUGUUUCUGCACGAAGGAGCAAAAUCCCCAGAACCAUCUGUGGCUUAUUCCACAUUCCUGUGGUGAGACGUGCAGAAAGCGGUUGGUACCGGAUUGUGGUCACAGUUGUGUGCUGCUUUGUCACCCCGGACCAUGUCCUCCGUGUCCUCAGACGGUUGCUAUCUCUUGCAAAUGUGGUCAGUCGGCGCCGAAAACGAUUCGUUGUUCGCAGCGGAACUGGACCUGUCUUAAAACGUGCAAACAAAAACGAAAUUGUGGUAUCCAUGAAUGCGGUGAAAUAUGCCAUUCCACCGACGAAUGCCCUCCGUGUCAAAGUCGAAGUCGACAGAAGUGCCUUUGCGGCAGUAAAACCAAGGAGGUGAAAUGUUCGGAGUCAAACUGGCAAUGCGGUAAAGAAUGUGGUAAUAAGUAUGCUUGUGGGUUACAUCGCUGCGAAAAAGUUUGUCACAGUGGCAGUUGUGGUGAGUGUCCGCAAGGCUUGCCAAGGACAUGUCCUUGUGGAAAAACUAGUUCCAUUGCAUCCUGCUCGGAGGAAAUUGGAACUUGCGGUGACACGUGUCAAAAGUUUCUAGAAUGCCAGGUGCAUCGCUGUAGUGAACGUUGUCAUCCGGGGGAAUGUGGUCAGUGUCUUGAGCUGGUUAAGAAAUCCUGUCGAUGCGGUUAUAUGGACAAAGAAGUCGCUUGCCACAAGCAGUUGAUCUGUGAAACGAAGUGUAAGAACGUUAGAAGCUGCAAUAAACAUCCUUGCAAUAGAAAAUGCUGCGACGGCGACUGUCCCCCGUGCGAUAAGCUGUGUGGUAAAACAUUGCCUUGUGGCAAACAUAAAUGUAAUUCACUUUGCCACCAUGGACCAUGCUACCCGUGCAAUCUGAAGGCACAGGUUAAGUGUAGAUGCGGUGGUACCACUCUGGAUGUUCCUUGUGGGCGUGAGAGGAAAGUCGGUUCACCCAAAUGUCGACUGCCGUGUCGCAUUCAUUCCAAGUGUCACCACACUAACCCACACAAUUGUCAUCAAGGCGAAUGUCCUCCGUGCCAGCAGGUGUGCGCGCUGGUUAACGAUACAACCAUGUGUGAGCAUCCCUGCGAGGCAAAGUGUCACGAUGCGGUGCGGGUCGUUACGAAGGAUAAAAAUCACAAACCAGUCGGACCGUGGGAUGUUCCGAUGGAAAUUGUCGAGAUCAAAAAACUUCCUCAUCCUCAAUGCGAGGUGAAGGUUCCGGUAACCUGCAUCGGUGGUCACGAGACGUCAUUGUGGCCGUGUUAUAACUCAAAACCAGCCUCCUGUGGGCGCGCCUGUGAUCGAGCACUGCGAUGCGGUGUUCACACGUGUCCUCUGGUUUGUCAUGCAGUGAAGAAAAUCAAUUCAACCGACCAAGAUCCAAAGUGUCAAUCGUGUAACGUAGGAUGUGUGAUUCCGAGACCCACCGGGUGUGUUCAUCCCUGCAAAAGACCCUGCCAUCCAGCACCGUGUAAUCCCUGUCAGGUUCCCACGAAAACCGCCUGCCAUUGUGGUUUGACGCAGAUUUUCUACAAGUGUCACGAGUUUUAUUCCGGUGACGAUAAAACUGAGGACGAGUUGAAGCAGUUUAGGGAAGCCAUUCUUAGCUGUGGUCAAAAAUGUAUCAAGAAUUUUCCCUGUGGUCAUCGAUGUACCUCCACCUGCCAUUCGGGUGAUUGUCCUAAUCCGGAGACGUGCAGUAAGAAAAUCAAGAUUACGUGUGAUUGCCGUAACCGAAAGAUGGAAGUUAAUUGUGGCGGCGCCAGGAGCAAAAGUAAAUCGUUGCAAUGUGACGAGAGUUGUGAAGUCUUGAAAGAAGACAAAAAACGAGAAUUGACGGAUAUUGAGCGCCAACAGAAGGAACAGGAAGCAGCGGAAAAUCAACGUGCUCUGGAGGAGUACGAAAGAAAGUUCGGUCGUAAAAAGUAUCGUGAACGAAAACGAGUUCAGGUGGAGGAAACUAAAGACAGCAAGUGGUUGCUGUACGUAGUAAUAUCAGUGGGAAUUCUCGUAGUUGCAGUUAUUGCGUAUUUCAUUAUAGUUGAUUAG